AUGCAACCAAGGCAUAAGGCCGACGCGUCGUCAUCACUGCAGAUUCCUGAGUGCCUCAUGCCGGUAACGUGUCCAGCGAAGCCCGGUUGGGACACCGCGUGGACUGUCGCCAGUAAUGCCAAGCUCAGCCUGAGCAAGACACCGCGUCUUGCUGCCAGUAACGCUGCCGAAAACGCGCCACGCAUCAAACACUGCAUCGCGGACGUUUCCGGGCGGGUUUCCUCCCCGAUGACAAAUACACCGACGCCCCUGCGACAGGCGAUCUCUGCGCAGGACCGCUUCACGGAAGCAGACGCCCCUAGCAUGACGGACGCGAACGGGACUUCGUAUCGGACCCCCGGUUCGUCUUCCGUAGAUGACGAUGGAGACGACGACUUCGAGCCUCCCAGGGAUUCAAGCAACUCGAGCGAUACGCUACAGGACCUUUUGAACGAGAUUGACGAGGAACGUGAAGACGCGGAUGUCGAAAACGUGCAGAUGGACCUCCAAGACCCGAAUACUGAUCGCACGCCUCGGGUCCGACGCACGGAAUCAUGUUCAGAGCGCGUUGCCUUGGAAAGAUCUCGCAGCCCGAGACACUCGGACCGUGAAAAAACACAACUCCAUGAGUGA